UUGCGUCGCGCUCCGAGUGGCUCAGCCGGUGCGGGCAACCGAGCAGGUCGGCGGAGACCAUGUCCAGGGCGCGAAGAAGAGGAGCGGGAGAUUCUCUCGCCGGCUUCAGGCGGGGCGCGGGCGACGGCGCUGCGGCGGUGCCUCAGGGGCUGAUCCGGACGGCGCGGAAGAGCGGCCAGUUGAAUCUCUCUGGCCGCGGGCUGACCGAAGUCCCUCCACAUGUAUGGCGAAUAAACUUGGAUAUUCCAGAAGAGGCGAAACAAAACCUCUCUUUUAGUGCUGACGAACGGUGGUGGGAGCAAACCGAUCUCGCCAAACUAAUAUUAUCUUCGAACAAACUGCAGUGUCUUUCUGAUGAUCUAAGACUGUUGCCUGCUCUCACUGUGUUGGAUGUGCAUGAUAAUCAACUGACAUCUCUUCCUUCUGCUAUAGGAACACUGGAAAAUCUCCAGAAACUUAAUGUGAGCCAUAAUAGACUAAAAGAUAUACCGGAGGAGCUUACCCAACUAAAACAUUUAAAAAGUCUGUUUCUGCAGCACAAUGAAUUAAAUCAGUUGCCUGAUGAAUUUGGACAGCUUAUUAGUUUGGAAGAGUUGGAUAUUUCCAACAACCGUAUUUCUAGUAUCCCAACAAGUUUUCGUUUUCUAACAAAUUUGGUGCGGCUCAAUUUGACUUGUAAUCAUUUGAAGAGCCUGCCAGCAGAAAUCAGUGCAAUGAAAAGUCUGAGACAGCUUGAUUGCACAAAAAACUAUCUGGAAACGAUACCUCCUGAAGUGGCCAAUAUGGAAUCAUUAGAGCAGCUUUAUCUAAGAAGAAAUAAAUUGUGUUAUCUGCCAGACCUUCCUUCAUGUAAGUUUUUAAAGGAGUUGCAUGUUGGUGAAAAUCAGAUUGAAGUGUUAAAACCUGACCACCUGAAACAUCUGAAUUCUUUGUGUGUAUUGGAACUAAGAGAUAAUAAGCUAAAAUCACUGCCUGAUGAAAUAACCCUGUUACAAGGGUUAGAGCGACUGGACCUAUCCAACAAUGAUAUUAGCAGCCUUCCUUACAAGCUAGGAAACCUGUCUCAACUGAAGUUCUUAGGGCUGGAAGGGAACCCUUUAAGGACAAUACGAAGGGAUGUUGUACAAAAAGGGACGCAAGAAAUUCUAAAAUACCUUAGAAGUAAAAUACAAGAUGAUGACAUGAUUGGUCCAAAUGGAGAAUUUCCUGUGACAGCAAUGACUCUGCCAAGUCAGUCAAAAAUUAAUCUGCAUGCUAUAACUGCAUUAAAAACAUUGGACUAUAGUGAAAAACAGGCAGCUGUAAUUCCAGAUGAAGUGUUGAAUGCAGUUGGAACCAAUCCAGUCACUACUGUAAAUUUCAGCAAGAAUCAGCUGACUGAAAUUCCAAUAAGAAUUGUGGAACUAAAAGACUCAGUCUCUGAUAUAAAUUUUGGUUUCAACAAGCUUUCGUCUAUUUCCCUGGAGCUCUGUAUGCUUCACAGACUGACACAUUUGGAUGUUAGAAAUAACAUUUUGACAUCUCUGCCUGAUGAAAUGGAAGCACUGACAAAACUGCAAAUAAUUAAUCUUGCCUUUAACAGAUUUAAAAUAUUUCCAAAUGUGCUGUAUCACAUUCCAACUCUUGAAACAAUCCUCCUUGCUAAUAAUCAGAUUGGAUCCCUGGACCCUCUGCAAAUAAAGAAGUUGGACAGGCUUGGUACCCUAGAUCUUCAAAAUAAUGACCUCUUACAAGUACCACCAGAACUUGGGAACUGUGUCAAUCUCAGGACACUUUUGCUGGAAGGCAAUCCUUUCCGGACUCCUCGAGCUGCUAUUCUUGCCAAGGGGACAGCUGCUGUGCUUGAAUACCUAAGAAGCAGAAUUCCUACUUGAUCUGUUGUGCUUGGUUUGAACUGAAAUGUAUGCAAGAUCUUACCUUCUGAAGCAUGAAGAUCGAAGUCCUUAUACAUGACAACUAUUUAAUUUGUUUAGCAUAAACUCAGUGCAUAUGCUGGGGUCACUUUUUAAGAGCUAUUUCACAAAGGACUCUUACCUUCCAUGCCUCCAGUUCAAACUAUGCUUGUGUACCUACUUGUAUGGUGUAUGGGUAGGUUAUUGAUAGAUGGUUCUAUUCAUCCAUUAAUUCCCCUGAUCAUGACAUGAUUGUAAAAGCACUGCUACCAUCUAGGAAUUAUUGAUAGCUGUAUCCAUGUACCCGUCUGGUCUCUUCUUACCCCACAUAUUCUAUAUGAACAGGUGCUGUAUGUUACACAAAAUUGGAUAUGGUUAGAAUUCUGCUAUUGUGUUAAAAAAAUUAUCCUGUUUUGAAUUUCCUUUUCGUUUUAGCUAAUUUUAAGAUCACC